AUGAAAGACAAGAAAGGCAACAAGGCCAAGACCAAUGACCAAGAGACUGAGCCAAAGUUGAAGGAGGUUGAGAAAGACUUGGUCAAAACAAAGAAGCGUGACCGUGAUGAUGAUGAUGAUGAAAAGGAUGGGAAAAAGAACUCCUCGACCCACAGGAAGGAGUGGCAGACCUUUGGCAGGUGGGUGAAAAACAAGAAGCGAUGUCCUGCAAAGACAAUGGAGGACCCGGAAUUCCCAGGCGAAGACGAGUUCCUCUACUUCGUCCUCAUCGAAUUCAACAUCGAGGACAUCAAGGAAUACAAACGUAUUACAGCAUUGGAAAUGACUGGAACCUUGGAUCCUGAUGGCGUGAAGGCUUUCGUGGAUGCCGGCGGGUGCUUGGAUGGGAAGCAACACUUGGCUCUUGGCGACAAGCUGGGCGCAGAGGGGGUUGCAAAGAUGUUGGGUUCUGUUGGCCUGAAGGGUGAUGCUUCUGCCACCAAAACCAAGAAGGGCAAAGGUCAGAGGAAACCGAAGGUUACGCCGGAGACUCCUUUGGAAAAGGCGGUGAAGCUGCAGGAAAAGGUCCUGAAGGAUGCGAAUAGCUGCCGGGACUUCGCUUUUAAGCUUCGCCCCAUUUCGAUGUCCAAUGACCUUAUCCAGCAGUUGAAAGCUUGUGCGGUGAAGUUGCAAACGUGCGCAGAGCAAUUGCAGCAGAAGAUCCGCAACAAGAAGGACAAAAAUAAGCAUUACGUUGCCAUCCUGGCAGAGGUCACUGAGAUCACGAACAUGGCAAAGGAACGAGUUGAUUUGGCUAAGGCUUUGAUCCGUGCUGUUGACAAACCCCGGCCAAAGAGCAGGGCUAAGCCGGGUGAGGGAGAGAAGCCUUUGGCAAUCACCAAUGGUGAAGCCACCGCUGCAUAG